ACGCUAGUAGUCAAAGUUUCUAAUGGUAAACAAGAGAAGAAAAUAAGAAUACUUCUAGAUUCUGGUUCACAGAGGACAUAUAUAAAGAGGGAGCUGGCAGAAGAUCUUGGACUUCAGGUAACAGGCAACGAGAACCUCAGCCACUCGCUAUUUAGCGGUGUGAAGAAACCUGCAAAAAUGCAUAAAGUCUUCAAGUUUAGAGUAAGUAGUUUAGAUGAUAAGUUUCAUACUACUAUGACAGCAUUAGAACAAGAUGUGCUUUGCGGAAGUUUACCCAAAGUGCAAGACCCAAAGCUGAUAGAAAACUUGAGGAGGCAUCAGAUCUGGUUAACUGACGCAGCGGAAAGUAUCAAAGAUAUUAGUAUAUUAAUUGGAUCGGAUCAAUUAGGUUACAUUAUUAAAGAAAACUUCAUUCGGUUAGAUGACAAUUUAGUAGCAAUACCAACAAAACUGGGGUGGACACUACAAGGCCCAGUUCAAGGAGUAUGCAGUACAACUGUGAGCUCAAACUUUGUUUCAUCAUUACAGACAGAUUCACUGGAAUUUCUGUGGAAUAUAGAGAUGUUAGAGAAUACACAUAUUAUAAAGGAGUACGGUGAAGUAAUAAAAGAAUGGCAAAAGGAAGGUAUUAUAGAAGUAGUAAAAGAAGACAAUAUUAAUGAGGGUCACUACUUACCACAUCAUGCUGUCAUCAGGUGGGACAGGGCCACAACCAAAAUAAGGCCAGUAUUUGAUGCUUCUUGUAAAGGAAAAAAUAAAAAGUCUUUGAAUGAUUGUAUCGAUAAAGGACCCAACCUUAUCGAAGAAAUACCUAAACUUUUAUUGAACUUUAGAUCAGGUGCUUAUGGAGUGACAGCAGAUAUAAAAAAGGCGUUUCUACAAAUUUCUAUCUCACCACAUGACCGAAAGUAUUUAAAGUUACUUUGGUGGAAAGAAAAUCAAAGAGAAAUUGUUACUUACCAACAUGCCAGAGUUCCUUUUGGAGUAGCAUGCAGCCCAUUCUUGUUGGCGGUAACUAUAUAUCAUCACUUAGAGAAAGAAAAAAAUACUUUCGAAGCCACGGCGAAGAGACUUAGAGAUUCGUUUUAUGUAGACAACUGCGUCACCAGUUUUGACACUCCUGAAGAAGUUAAAAGUUUCGAAGAGGAAGCAAAAGUAUUAAUGAUGAAAGGGAAAUUUGAACUAAGAGCUUGGAUGACAAAUUCAACCCAAGAAGUAGAUCCAGUUUCAGUAUUAGGAGUACAAUGGAACAGAUACGAAGACGAUUUAUGUUGUAAUGUAAAUAUAAAAUCUGUACCUGAACGAAUAACAAAGAGGGACCUACUGUCUAUAACCCAACAGAUAUUUGACCCGAUAGGUUUUCUAUCACCUGUUACUCUAGUACCAAAACUUCUUACACAAAAGGCUUGGAUGAUAAAAACAGGAUGGGACGAAGAGAUACCUACAGAAUUAAAAAGAGAAUACAACGACUGGAUCAGUUCUAUAGAUUGCAUCAACAAGUGCAAGAUACCGCGACGACUCUCAGAAAGACCACUCAGUGUUUGCAAGGUAACAAUUCAUGUAUUUAGCGAUGCAAGCAAGGACGCAUAUGCAGGUUGCAUAUUUCUACGCACAGAACAUGAAGGCAACACGACCAUACGACUAGUCAUGGCAAAAAGCAGGGUAGCGCCUAUAAAAAGACAGAUGACACUACCUCGACUAGAAUUGAUGGGUGCACUUAUAGCUUCGCGGCUUUAUAAAGAACUAAUGGAUUCAGGUGCGUUGUCAAAUAUUAAUAAUUACCGAACCUAUUGCUGGACCGAUUCAUCUGUCGUACUUGCAUGGCUAAAGAGAGAGGAGGCAUGGGGAGCCUUCGUUAUAAACCGAGUAAAAGAAAUUUGCACUAAUACAAGAAGGGAAAGCUGGAAUCACUUACCUGGUAUAUAUAACCCUGCCGAUUUACCAUCUCGAGGCUGCAAGCCAAAGACACUAUUGGAAAACACUUGGUGGACGGGACCAGAAUGGUUAUACUUGGAAGAACAAAAUUGGCCUAAAUCAGAGAUAAAUACAAUAAAAUCUGAAGAAGAUAUGAUAGCAAGUGAGCUAAGAAAAAGUGUAGCUGUACAUAUGGACAACAAUGCAGUUAACUUCAGUGAUAAACUAUUAUAUUUCAGUAAAUAUAAAAAGAUAAUAAGAUUAGUAGCAAGACUACUUAGAAUGAGUCCUAAAAUACGAAAGAAAUAUAAAGCAGACUCUAUACAUAUUAGAAAUGAAGAGUAUAAGAAUGCUGAAGAAACUAUAAUUAAAAUAGUACAGAAGGAGACAUAUACAGGAAAGAUAAAGGAUAAGAAGCUACUAACUAUAGAAAUGGAUGGCAUUAUAAGAGUAAAAACAAGGUUAGCAUACAGCGGAGAAAGUAGUAAUUUCAUAUAUCCAAUUCUCUUACCCGGGAAACAUGAAUUAAUUAAGAGAAUGAUACAACAGAAACAUAAGGACAUGCAACAUGCUGGAACACAAACAAUGUUAGCUGAAUUAAGAAAUACGUACUGGAUAAUAGGCGUAAGAAGGUUACUCAAGAAAAUCGUUGCAGAAUGCAGGGUGUGUAAAAGAUAUAAAGCAAAACAUUACGAAGCUCCACUACCCCCGCUUCCCGCAGACCGCAUAGGAAAUACAACACCGUUCGAAGUUACUGGUAUAGAUUUAGCUGGACCGUUAAUCCUCAAGG